UGGAUACAUGUGCCACUUGGUGUUGUUUUGAUUUUGGUGAUUUGUUGGGGUUUACGUUUGGCCAUUCAACAAGCUCCAUUUCGAUUUCCUGCUCCUGUUAUUGCAAUGAUUGCUUUCUUUGCUUUGCUACUUUUACUUGAAUUGCUUUCGAUCAAAUUUCCAGGUUCUAAUAAUGAAGCAAAACAACUUGAAGCAGGUCAAUCAUCCAACGGCACAAAACCCAAAAAACGUAAACGUUUCGUUGACCCUUUCAUGCUCUUACUUGCACCGCCAUGUGAAUUCUUACUGCGUAAUAUGUCAGUCAUGUUCACGCCAAGCUUCAUCUUAAUUCCCGCAAGAGAAGUGAUUCCGGGAAAAGAAAUUGGUUUAUUGGCAGCUUGGUUCAUCGUUUCACAAAUUUUGGCUUUCGUCAUUCCCGUCCUGAUGAACAGAGGUAUUCAAUAUUCCUACGAUCUCGUCAAAGGAGAAAAGAAGGCCGACAACAAAGCUUCUCCCUCACCAAAUGGACCUGAUGGCGACAAUCAAUUACGACGUGGAUCUUCCGCCACUCCAUUUCGUGAUUUAAGACGCGGAAGUUCUGCCACACUAUUAGGUGUCGAUUACGAAAAAGGGAUGAGCUUCUCUGGCGGUCAAAAGUUGGGCGCCAUUGCCACUGGCUUGUCCGGCGUGACAGCUCAUAUGAUCGCUCCUGUUACACAUGUUGACAUUGGAAGUAAUGCCAACCGAAACGCAACCGCUGAAGGCCAAGAAGAGGAAGAAGAAGAUGCGAUCGAACGUUUAGCAUCCUGGUUUGGCGAUUUGAUUACACCAACGAUCUACUUUAUCGUUUUCAUUGUUGGUAUUCCGUUGUUCUUUCUCAAAGAUUUUGCUUUGCCGCUCUUUUUGGGUAUCAACCUUUUGACCUUCAUUGCAGCAAUCGCAAUCGUACCACCACCAAUCAGAAGAUUUUUACAUCCAAUCCUCAGUACAAGUUUGGCAACCGUUUUGAUCAUUUGGGCAUUCGCAGCCAUGAAGGGAAUUGGCUUGAUGUCUUGCUUGAACAGAUUCUACAGCGUUGAUGCAAAAUACUCUGUCUUAUGGGAUCCAAAAGGAUAUUCUGGUCCAGUACCCGGUGCAGGUGAUAUCUUGUUCAGUACAUUGGAUGCAGGUAUCGUUGCUUUGGCCGUUCCGAUGUACCGUUAUCGUAAGGAACUUUGGCAGAAUCUGACGAGAAUGUUGAUCGUCUUAUUCCCAUGCGCUGCUCUUUCAUUAUUCUUUUGGAAUUAUAUCGCUCGAUUGAUGGGAAUGGAUCCCAUUCGUUCUUUGGCUUUCUCUGCUCGAUUUAUGUCAACUCCAUUGGCAAUUGAACUUGCAGGAAAUGUUGGAGCAGAUGAAUCGAUUACCGUUAUUCUUGUCGUCAUCACAGGUGUAAUUGCUGCAAUUUUGAAAGAACAAUUCUUUUACAAAUUGAUGCGCGUUAGUCGAGAUGAUUACUUGACCGUUGGAUUAACAAUGGGAUCAACAUCAGGUGCAAUCGGAGCAAGUUCACUUAUCAGUACACCACGUACCAUGGCAAUCGCUUCUUUGUCGUUUGUUAUGUUUGGUGCAAUCUUACUCGUGUGUACUGCCAUUCCUCCUAUUGUGGAUAUCGUUCGACAAUUGGCAGGC